UAACCUUCUUUUUUUAGAAAAAAAAUAUAAAUAUUCAGCCUUCAUUUCUCUCUCUUAACUCUCGCAGCUCUCUCUCUCUCUCUGUACCCCAACCGUUUCCGGCGGCGAUGCUAGCCGGCGCUGAACCUUCUUGUUCUCUUCGUAUCCGAUUGAAACCUACCUGUUUCUUGACAGCGGAAAAAUAUUACGGCGACCCUGACGUCUACCUGCCGGGAUGACGCCGCUCCGUCUCAGGAGAUCCAAUUAAGCCCCGAGGCGCGGUUUGGAUCCGAAUCGCUGGCUCCUUUUAUAAUUAAUUUGUUUUUUUAGGUCUGAAAAGCUUAUUGCUUGCAUGUGUUUUGAUUUAUUUGGCACGAAUCAGAAUAAUACGGUGGGUAUACGGAUGGGAUUGCGCUGGUGUUGCUGAAAGUUCGAAACUUUUUAGGGAUUAAUAUACUUGUUUUCCUGCUUUGGGAGUUAUUAACAAUUGGGGGGUUUCAAUAAAUGCUGCUUUUGAUUGUGUAGCGUGGAGAUUUUUCAUUUUGAGGUAUUGCUAAGAAGAUAAAUUGAUGGGUUUGGUUGAUGAAUAAGGGAAGUUGAUAGUUGAUUGGAUGUGUAGAAGAAGUAUUGUUGUUUUGAAGGAGAUUGAGCUUAGGUUGAAGGGACAAUAAGAAAACUAGCAAAAGCUGUUAUAGGUGUAUUUGUUGAAUUUGUUGGGUUGUUUGUUUUGAGGGAAUGGAGGGUCAUAGCAUGGACAGUGAAAUCCCGAAGGCGAAAAGGCCCAUAUUUUCUUCUUCUAAUGGGAGUCUAUUGAAUCUUGCUUAUUCAGCUGGAGAUGAAGCUGAAGCAAGAUCAAGAGGAAGAGCUGAUGAUGGUCAUCUUUUCGGAUCAAGUGAUUCUUUUCUCCCUGGUUUGCACGAUGAUGUUGCAUUAACUUGUCUUGCUCGGGCUAGUAGAUCAGAUUAUGCCUCCUUAUCGUGCCUAAAUGUGAGGUUUAAUACACUUAUUAAGAGUGGAUAUCUGUAUGAGUUGCGUAGGCAGUUGGGGAUUGUGGAGCAUUGGGUGUAUAUGGUUUGUGAUCCGAGGGGAUGGGAGGCUUUCGAUCCCUUCAGAGAUAGGUGGAUGAGACUGCCGAAGAUUCCUUGUGAUGACUGCUUUAACUAUGCGGAUAAGGAGUCUCUAGCGGUGGGGAAUGAGUUGCUAGUUUUCGGGCGUGAGCUGUUUGAAUUUGCUAUAUGGAAGUAUAGUGUAACAACUCGUGAGUGGUCCAAGUGUGAAGGAAUGAAUCGUCCCCGUUGCCUCUUUGCAUCAGGUAGUCUAGGCUCGAUUGCCAUUGUAGCUGGUGGGAGUGACAAGAAUGGCAAUGUGUUGAAAUCUGCUGAGAUUUAUGAUUCUUUAACAGGUAAAUGGGAGAUGUUGCCAAGCAUGCAUUCCCCUCGUCGGUUGUGCUCAGGGUUCUUCAUGGAUGAUAAGUUUUAUGUGAUAGGUGGGAUGACCAGUCCCACUGAUUCAUUAACUUGUGCAGAGGAGUUUGAUCUCACGUCAAGAAAGUGGAGGAAAAUCGAGGGUAUGUAUCCUAAUGUUAACCGGGCUGCUCAAGCACCUCCUCUUGUUGCGGUUGUUGAUAACCAGCUCUAUGCUGUUGAAUAUCUAACAAACAUGGUGAAGAAGUAUAACAAGGAACGGAACUCUUGGGAUGAGUUGGGUAGACUUCCGGUUAGGGCCGAUUCCUCCAAUGGUUGGGGUCUUGCUUUCAAGUCCUAUGGAGAUGCCCUCCUUGUUGUGGGUGGACAACGAGGCCCUGAAGGUGAGUCCAUCGCGUUGAAUGUUUGGCGUCCCAAGUCAGGGGUCAGGGACGGAACUUUGAAUUGGGAAGUCCUCGGAGGGAAGGAGCAUGCCGGUGUCUUCGUCUACAACUGUGCUGUUAUGGGUUGCUGAGCCUGAGGAUAAGAAAACAGGUUUCCUGCACCUGCAUCCAUGAUUCUUGGUUAUGGUUGUUUCCCAUCUUUUUUAUUAACAAAAUUUGUUAUUUGUUUGAAUUAUCCUCUUUCAAUUGUUGCAUAAAUUUAUCAUCCUUUGGGUUUUAUAAGAUUUUGAAUCCUAUUGUGGUUUCGGUAUGUCCGCUUUCUCAAAUUCAGAUUGUGUUGUUGAUUCGGAAAAUUAACUGCAUAAUACAGAAACAUAUCAAAGCCUUGUUGAUGAGGGAGAUGGCUGUGUUUUUGAUAAUCUUGAAUCUUAUUUGCGAUGAUGUUUGUGGAACCACUAUGUCUCUUAACCACCUCUUCUGAAUAUGUGACGAUUUUGGUACUACAGAAAGUAUUGUGAAAUGUAUAAGCAACCAAAACCAGUCUCUUCUACUGUCUCUUUUGCUUAGAGUCUUGUGUUUCUUUCAUAAGUAUUCUUCAUCUUUGAAUCUAUUGCUUUUCAAUUUUGUAAAGAACGUCCUAGCUAACCGUGUCUGCGUUUCUUGAUACAAAGUGAAUGAUCGUAUUUGGUGGUUUUUUGUCCCUGUAGUUGCUCUGUUAUUGCAUCAGUGAUGGUUUGUUUUCAGGCAUUGCUUCGCCUUCAUUUUGGAGUAAAUAGAAUCAUUGAAUGAAUUCAUUGCAAGGACAUGUCCAGAAUUCGUUUAAAUUUAGGACUUCCCUUAUUUUUGAGAAGAUGGAAAUAGGUUUUUGGCCAUGAUAUCAAAUUUUAUUAUGUAUGGGUCUUAUUCCUGCCAUCUUACAUGUGAACACGACAAUGACAUAACGUUUUACUAUGAUUUACGCGCUCGGGGCAUAGACUUUUGUACCGCCCCAAUUACGUACCACAAUUUGCUAUCCCAGUCACGUGUGCUUUGUUCUCUCUUUGACUUUUGAAACUCAAAAAGAUUCCUCCUCUUUCUACAGGGAAAUUGCAUUCUUGAAUUAGAAUCAAAUUCUCAACACAUAUCUUUUCAUUCGACAAUAGAACAUACCAUUCAUUCAUACUGAGAGGAGAAUGGCGUAGAUAGAUUCCACCAUCUCUACUCACUUUAUUCUUCAACGUUAACACAACAACACACAAACACAAUACCACAUACGUUCAUAUUCAUAUAUAGUGAUGAGAGGAUAAUGGUGUAGAUAGAUUCCACUCAAUCUCCCAACCACCGAUGAGCAUAAACACCACUCUUCCUCAAACUCUCGAGAAGAUUCACGCAAUCCCUGCACGCAGUCCCCGCGCAGUCUGCGGCAUCCGAGCACCGGAGAAACACCUCGUCCACAUGGCACACCGCCCCGGACUCGAACAGCUCCACAAGAAUGUUCAGCUCCACCACGUUCGCUUUCAUCAUGAGCACAACAAAAUCCCCAUCCGACACCGUUUCCUUAAACCAUGGCACAAAAUCAAAGCCUUGCUCCUCCACAGGCGCGGUAAGGAAUUCGUCGGAGCUAAUUAUAUCCGGAGCAGCAGUAACGUAGUCAUCUCCGGCGAGGCCCGGAUGAUACACAAAAUUGAUGCUGGAAUCCAUGACAAAGGACGAGAGGACGGAGGUCUUGUGAUCAAUGAUGUAAACCUCGAACGCGGCAUGGUGGCCGGAGCAAUAUGCCUCCGACAUUUUGGCAAUGCUGCUCCUCGCGUACUCCCCUGCUCCGAGGUUUAUGUAGAUCAGUCUGUUUCUCGAGGAGAUAUUCAUGGAGUCGGGCAGGUAAGCGAUCUUGCCCGAGUUCCUGCCCGUGAGAGGCUCGAUAUGAUUCAUGAAUGGCUUGUUGUUUUCAACGCAAGGGCAAGUAGUUGGAAGCUGGAAGUGAUCAAAUGAGGCGAAACUACUGUCGAGCCUCUUCUUGAACACCACCAUCGUGGAGGCUCCGACGCCGAAUACGCGAACGACAUCGGAGCUCUUCAAGAGCGCGGCGGCCGAGUGGGCCCCGCGAGCAAUGAGCACGGAGCCAGUCCCGCCGGGGCGGAGGACGCGCUCCAUCUCCAGCACGAGGAUCCUGUCCAGAUCCUCCGAGAACACGAAAUCGAAACGGUGAUCGGCAAAAUCGAGCACAUACGCGAAUCUCCUCUUCAGAAGGGAGAAUAAAGGGCGGCGCUCCGCGGCAAAGGCGUUGAAGAAUCCCAAAUGGCGCAGUGCCAGCGCCGCCGCGGCCGAUCUCUCCCCCACGCACAACACUGUUGCAUCGGAUUGCAGGAAGUUGUUCGCCAUCAGCUCUUGGAAAGCGGAUUUGGUCAAGUUCUCUCUCUCCUCGCACGACGACGGCGCCGGAGAAGCUCCGAAGAGGGGGAGUCCGGCGAGGUUGCAUCCGUCGCCAUUUGAGAUUACGCGAACCUCGCGGCCCAUUUGCAGCACACAGAGCAGGAUUAGAAGCAAGACGAGCACAAAGGCUGUCAACACCACACGCCUCACCAACGGUCCACGAAGAACGUGCCAUUUCAAUAACUUGUUCCAGUACAUUUCAAGCAGUUGGAAUUACCAGAUUUUAUAUCAAUUCGACUCUAAAUCUAACGAUUAUGAAUAGAUUCAAGGAGAAGGAAAUCCAAAGAGAGUAACAAAAACCCAGAAUUUAGCGAGUGCAGAACCUGGAGGAGGUGUGGUUCCCACCCACCAGUAAUCCCAUCGACAUUUGGAGCCCUAGCCACGCCCCUUUCGAAACCCUUCUCCUCAUUGCCUCGAACGACGUCGCACCCAUCUUCACUUUCUCUGGCUCAAUUCAUGAGGUCGAACCCAGAAUUACAUGGUGGCGUGGGAACAAACGCUGGAACUGGAAACACUUACCGUUAAAAUAAAAUCACUGCAAUUUUUUUCAGAGAAAUGGCGCAGCGAAUCCGAAUAAAUGAAGUGAUUGGAGAUGGAGUGAGCUGUGAGC